AUGACAGAAAGUAACGUCAAAGACCACGGUACUUAUACUAAACUGUAUUGCUCAUUUGAAUACACAGAUUCUGAACUGAUGAGAAUUUUAUACAAUGAAAAGAUAAACUCACCACCUCCUUACAAUGAAAAGUUUGACCCCGAGUCCAGCUUGGAAAAAAGCUGCCACCAGUCUCUUUCUACUAAUCGCAAAAGAAUAAUGGGAUCAAAUACCCCACGAAUGUCCGAGAUCUUGGGAAAGAAUGGGUGUACUGUUAGUGUGUUAGCCAGUCUGUCUUUAAAGAAAAAAAUUGAAACAAUUGAUGAAAAUUGGGUAAACCCCGAUACUACAGUUGAUAUAAUCCCUAAAAUGAUAGUUGAUAGGGAAAUCAAACUGGAAGAUGUGGUGCUCGGAGGUAAUUUCUUCAACGAAGCGAAAACGAUUCACAGGCGCUACGCAUUAGCUUGGUGCGAAGGGUAUUUGCGGCUUUUUGAACGAGAACGACUUUCUACAGUUUGGGUGUCGACGACGACUGGACUUAGUAAUAUGCUGAAUGGAGCGCCAAUGAACCAAUUUCUCUUUUUCCACAACCCACAAAUUAAAGCGGCCCAGUCUAAGCUGGAAAAGUAUAACGCACGCCCACUUCUCGCAAAAGCAUCUAGAAAAAUUCACAAGCUCAAACAUCCCUUGAAUAAGGAUGCGGCUCAUCGUGACUAUUCCAAUUUAAACGGUGUGGUUCUAGAUCGACUCCCUUUAUCUAGCGCAACCGGCCUAAUUCACCUCUGGCCAGCACCAGAAGACGUGCAAAUUAAUUGGGCUGAGUUCAAAGUAGAAUAA